AUGAUUUCUCAUAAAAGUUUACGAACGGUGUUUUAUAAGUUUUUGUCAUUUUACACACUUGCAAUACAGGUAGCGAGAGGGGCAGACAAGUUUCGUGUUGUGAUUGACAUUUCCGAUGAUGAUGAUGAUGAUGAUGAUGAUGAUGAUUUAGUUAUAAUCGGUGAAAAACCACCCAGGAAAAUUAUUAAUAAGAGGAAGACCAUUUUGUGCAACGAUGAUGAUGUGAUUAUUGACGUUGACGACGACUCUAACGAUGAUGAUGAUGAUGAUGUAGUCAUAAUUGGUGAAAAAGUAGUUAAUCAAAGUUCAAACCAUGCAGCAAAUUUCAAAGAUGAAAUUCUCAACAAAUUUUCAAGUUUUAAGCAAUUCGAUAUUGUCAGUGGCGAUCCCCCUUCAGACCAUGCAUUUCUUAGUACCAAAUACUUAUUGAAUGAGCAUCAAAAGAAUUGGGCUAAAAGAAUCCAGAAAGAGUGGAAUAUUUUGAACAACAGUAUGCCAGAUUCAAUGUUUGUUCGAGUUUAUGAAUCAAGGAUGGAACUCAUGAGGGCUGUCAUUAUUGGAGCAGAAGGGACUCCUUACCACAAUGGUCUUUUCUUUUUAGAUAUUUGCUUACCUUAUGACUUUCCCAAUCGACCACCACAAGUGCUGCUCCACAAUCCAUGUGCUUCUUCUAAGUUGAAUCGAAAUAUCGGACGUUUUGGCCAAUUUUGCCUUAGUCUACUUACCACUUGGAAUGGCACGAAGAAUGAGCGUUGGCGUCCACGCUCAACAAUUCUACAGGUUCUAGUCUCCAUACAAGGUCUAGUAUUGACUACAGAUCCUUGCCUUAAUAUUGUACCAUAUGAUGGCUAUCGUGGAUUCCGUAGACGUUCAGAAUCAUUAAAAGAUAUGACCCGGACUUACAACCAGAAUGUAUUCCUUGAUUCACUGCGGACAAUGAUACAUGUGAUUAGAAGGCCUCUAAAGAAUUUUGAGAAUUUUGUAGUGGGACAUUUCCUCAACCGAGCUCAUGAUAUUCUAAGCGAAUGCAAGGCAUACUUGGAAGGUGUUGAAGUGUGUUCUUUGGUCAAAAGUGAGGGUUGGAAAUAUGAUCGUCAGACUCAUAAAAGUUGCCCGGAGCAUUUUACGGAUGCUUUACGUUGUCUGAUGAAAGAGCUUGCCAAUGAGUUUGCAAGAAUUGGAGCUAUGGACUGAAAAACCGCCCAUCAUGGCACAAAACUCAGCUUGAAUG